GGGCGUUAGGACCUGGCCGCAGUGCUGAAGAGGAACGCUAUUUACACCGAAGCGCUCGGUAAACCCUCGCGCUGACGAAUCCCUCGGACUCACCGUGAUGACCACAACCACGUGGUGAAGUCGGUCCUAUAUAAAUCUCUCUCUCCAACCGGCUGCCUUCAGAUGUGCAUGCGUGCGCUGGCACGGGGACCGUUGUUUUCCACCAGAAGGAACAGAGGAGUGCGUAAACCGAAAAGGAGGUCUCUUUUGGUAGUUUACCCCAUCGUCGGGCAGCCUCAGGACGCGUUUUCGUUUUUUUCAGCAUCUGCUGGAGGAGGAGAGGCGAUGCGCCUUGCGGAGUGAGCAGAGGCUUUUCCUGGACCUCCACAUCUUCUCACGCGCGAGAGGCAGGCGUGAUUGCGCGGCGCUUUGGAGAGAGCUCGCGGCGCUCUGAUGCGGUGGAGGUGCGCGCAAAAAGCCCGCAGGCGACGCGUCUGUCAAAACAAGAGCUUUGCGAAGCAGAAACUUUUGACGGCCCAAUCGAUGGCUCUUUUAGCGCCCCGCGACUCCGUGCACUUGCUAUGAAGUGAUCUGGAAUGAAGAUCUCAGUUUCUCUCCCGCAUAUAUCGGAUCUGACAGCCCAUUUCUCGCUGGCGCCUCGGAUGGAUUUGCAGGUACAGUAAACACAGACGUUUGCCGUUGAUGAUAGCGUGCGCAAAAAGUUAAAUCUGGCUUCGCCAUCGAAAUGAUCGGGCUUCUGCGUCACUUCAUUCAUUAAUUAGCAUUUUCAAACUCGCUUCGGCUUCGAAAACAAAAGCGCAAAAUGAACUGGUGCGUCUUGAGUCUCCUUCUGACCUUGGAUUUAGCCACGGUGGCCGUCAGCUUAUCCACAUGCAGUACUCUGGACAUGGAGCAGUUCAAAAAGAAGCGGAUCGAGGCCAUCCGCGGUCAGAUCCUCAGUAAACUCAAGCUGAGCAGUCCUCCCGAGAUCUACCCCGAGCCCGAGGAGGUGUCCCGGGACAUCAUCGCCAUCUAUAACAGCACACGGGACCUGCUGCAGGAGAAAGCCAACGAGCGCGCGGCCACCUGCGAGAGACAGCGCAGCGAGGAGGAGUACUACGCCAAAGAAGUGCACAAGAUAGACAUGCAGCCCUUCUACCCCGCAGAGAAUGUCAUCUCUCCAACACAUUACAACCCGUACUUCAGGAGGCUCAGGUUUGACGUGAGCUCAAUGGAGAAGAACGCCUCCAACCUGGUGAAGGCAGAGCUCAGGAUCUUCAGGCUGCAGAACCCAAAGGCCCGUGUGUCUGAGCAGCGGAUUGAGCUCUACCAGAUUUUAGGUCACAAGGACCUGACGUCUCCCACGCAGCGCUACAUCGACAGCAAGGUGGUGCGCACCCGAACGGAGGGAGAGUGGCUGUCCUUCGACGUGACGGAGGCCGUCAGCGAGUGGCUGCUGCACAGAGACAGAAACAAUGGAUUCAAGAUCAGCCUGCACUGUCCCUGCUGCACAUUUGUGCCGACAAAUAAUUACAUCAUCCCCAACAAGAGUGAGGAGCUGGAAGCGCGCUUUGCAGGCAUAGAUGACAGCUUUGUGCACGGCGGGGACCUGAAGAUGUUUAAGAAGCGUCGUCACAGCGGUCAGUCUCCACACCUGCUGCUGAUGCUGCUCCCGUCUUACCGUCUGGAGUCACAGCACAAGAGCCACAGACAGAAACGUGCUCUGGACGCCGCCUUCUGCUCCAGGAAUGUGCAGGACAACUGCUGUUUACGCUCUCUCUACAUCGACUUUAAGAAGGACCUGGGCUGGAGGUGGAUCCACGAACCCAAAGGUUAUAACGCCAACUUUUGUGCUGGAGCCUGUCCUUAUCUUUGGAGCGCAGACACCCAGCACAGCAACAUCCUUGGCCUCUAUAACACCAUCAAUCCAGAAGCGUCCGCAUCUCCUUGCUGCGUGUCUCAGGAUCUGGAACCCCUCACAAUCCUUUAUUACAUCGGAAAAACCCCCAAAAUUGAGCAGCUCUCCAACAUGAUUGUCAAGUCCUGCAAGUGCAGCUAGGAACCGAUCGGCUCCGUUUCCGAGAACACGCAUUCACUCGAACAAACACACAGUAAUUUAAAACCCAAUCACAUGCGCGUGCCGGGCAGUCCUACAGACUCUCGCAUCUGAACGUGUGAACUUGUCCUGGAUACGGCCCCGCCGGCAUGCGUCACAUCACCCGCUCGUCACUCUAUGGAUGUGAGUUUGGCAAACACUGGAAGUACGUGAUAGGUGUCUAUAUGUGAAGCAAGAGGAAGAGAAAAUCCCUUGUUCCAUUUAUUUCAAACCAACACUUCUGUUUUUUUUUGUGUGCUGUUGUCGAUUUUGUUUCCCUCAGUAAUACAGAUAUUGUUUGUUUGGUAAUAUAUAAAACCCAUGAUAUUGUUCACCGAUACUGGUGAAGAGCUGAAAACUUCUUGCAAACAGUUGACUCAAAUGAACUUUGAGUUUGGUGUAAAAUAAGUGUUUUUGUAUAGGAGCUGGCAACAGAAAGGGGGGUUGAAAUAUUCCGGAAAGUUAAUGCAGGACUCAGAAAGACAUAGUUUAAACCACCUUGCAUGGUGUAAAAAAAGGCCAAGACCAAUAAGCCGUGUUGUUCCACUGCGAACAGAAACAUUCUCUACACAAAUACGCAAUUGCACACGCAAAUGCUGCAAAGCAAAACCAUCGCAUUUUUGUAUCACUGUGGCAGAAACAAACACAGUUUCCAUCUGCACCAUUAAUACAAAUGCUUUAUUAUGCAGAUAGCUGGAUAUAAACAUGCUCAGAAAGAUUCUCUUCAAACCGUUGCUCUGCCAUGACAUUAUCGGACCUGGAAGAGAAAAGUAUGCUAGUCCACUGUAGCGCCCCUGAGAAUGCAACGUGUACUUGUGAUAUUUAGUUGUGUUUCAGAACUUAACAGCGUGUGAAUCUGAGCUUGCAAAGCAAGAAGUGUUUAUGAUUAUGUACGUAUAUGUGGAAGAACGUUAAACGCCUUAUUCUAUGAAUUUAUGUUAGCUAGCUCUUAUUCUUGACACAGAUCAUUUGUAAACAUCACAACGACACCUGCGAAAAAGCCCCAGGCAGAAACGCCGCCUGUAACGCAUGCCUGAAAGUGAGUUGCUUUAGGAUUGGCAGAGAACAGUCUUUACUGUAUUUAAGGUGACUCUGUUACUCUGUGUACUGAGUAAUAUUAAUUAACUACAUGUACUUACUGUAGUAGGGUUAAGUACGUGCGACUACGCCACCUAAAAUAGUGUUUGCACUGUUUGCAUGGUUUGAAAACAAUUCACAAAUUAAAACAGCAUAAUGACCAGAGCAUGUUGUGCCUGGUUAAACUGGAAUACAGGUGGCUAGCAAAAAGCAUGCUGACUUAUUUUUAUUUCACCCACGGUCCCUUAUUAGAGGAGGUGAAGCUGUGAUGUCACCAACUCAACAGCGUUGAAAGGAAGUGAUGUCUUCAGACUGGUACAGAGACCGAGGCGAGGGCAGGUCAUUUGCAGUAGCUAUGUUUACAUGCACUAAUCGAAAAGAGUCCAGUACGAAUUAGAUUCUCGAAUCUCUUUUUACGCUGUUUAACUUAUUUGUUAACGCGCGUUAUUACAUUAAUUCCAAGCAAAAAUAUGGUAACCUUUUAUUUUCUGAUUUAGACAUUCUUCUAACAGUAAGUAGCUUUGUAACUACGUCAACUAGCGGUCGUUAGAGUAUUAGUAGAAUAUCUUUUAUUAAGAAAAAAAUGAAGCAUGUAAAGCACCCCUUUAAAUUCUAUCGAAAUUUUGGUAGCACUUUAGAAUAGGUAACAUGUUAUGAAUGUUAACUAUCAGCUAAUAUUUUUCCCUCAAUAAAUUCUUAAUUUGCUUCUUAUUAAUAGUUAGUGCGGUAGUUGUUAAGUUUAGGUAUGAGGUAGGAUUAGGGAUGUAGAAUAAUGGCUAAUAUUAUAGUAAUAUGCAUGCUAAUAAACAACUAAUAGGUAUAACCAUGAAAUUAUUUUUUUGUUGAAUCGUUUCAAUGAAGGCUUUUUACUCCAGUCCAAUUGAAAAAUGGAUCAUUUGGGUGCAUGUAAACGUAGCUAUUGAUGUGAGAAGAGUGAGCAGCUUUAGUAAAGUCAGAGAUUUUGAUUAAAGGAUUUGAAGAAUGUGAGCAGACGUAUAAUGGACGUGUAAGUGAGAGAUGGUAACAUCCUUUGAGCAUGUUGUGCAGAGGCCAGCUUGACGAACGCACUGCAGCCGCCGCUGACGAUGACGUCUAUAACGCUUAUCAUGGAGAAAAGGUUUCUACGCAUCUCAAAAGUGUCGUCCUAAAUUUGUGAUUUUGUUUUCUCUCAGAGAAAGUGAUCCUUUGUUACGAAGAAUUGCACUGACUAUUUUAUUUCUGCAUUUUUUGAUUUGUAACUUUUGUUUGUUGUUUUUUAUUCGUAGUUAUAGCUUCACCCUCAUAACGUGAGCUGAUGAUGUGAGUGGCUUCCAGGUGGAGGUUCCCCUUUUAACUAGUCCUUAUCUUAACCAGUGUUAGAGAGAAACUGGUGGCAGAUCAGAUUAAAAGAGCAACGUCCGUUUUUUUAGGUGACACUUAUUUUAUUUGUAUUAGGGCAAGAAAGCCAGUGGACUUCCUGCGGACACAGGAAGUGGAAGGAGACACCAGCAUUGUCACACUAGAGCUGUUUAUUGUUAUUGUUGUCUAUGAUGAUGAUGGUGAUGAUGAUGUUGAUAUUGUUGACCCACUAUGAUGUAUUGUAACACAUUACUGUUGUGGUGCUCUAGUGGUAAAUAAAUUAUUUAAGUGACGA